AUGCCUGCAAAGGUCGCCGCCUCUGCUGCCCCGAAACCCAAAGCUGCUGGGCAAUCCGAUCAUGCCAGCUACCAAGACAUGAUCAUUGACGCCAUCAUCAACUUGAAAGAGCGCAAUGGAUCUAGCCGUAUUCAACUCAAGAAGUACCUCAAGGCCAAUAACAAGAUCAAUGCUGGCGACAGCAUGUUCGAUUCUCUCUUCAACCGCGCCUUGAAGAACGGUGUUACCAAGGAAGUCUUCAUUAUGCCAAAGGGUUCCUCUGGCACAGUCAAGCUCGCACCCAAGGCCAAGAAGACCCCCGCCGAGAAAGCCCCAAAGAAGGCCGCCACUGACAAGAAGCCCGCUGUCAAAAAGGCCGCCGCCCCAAAGAAAGCAGCUACUACCAAGGAGAAGAAGGCUAGCGAUGCUACUGCUACCACCACUGCUGCUAAGCCUAAGGCUGCACCCAAGAAGGCUGCUGCCAAGCCAAAGACCCCUACCACUGCUGCUGCACCAAAGGAGAAGAAGGCUGUCGCCAAGCCAAAGAAGGCCGCUGCUCCCAAAGCCGCCGAUGCCGUAGUUGACAAGCCCACGGUUCUCAAGAAGACCGCCUCUGGACGUGUCACCAAGACCAAGGCCGAAACACCCAAGAAAGCAGCUGCACCCAAGAAGGCCGCUACGAAGAAAGUUACCCCUAAGAAGGCGGCCGCAUAA